AUGCGCGUGUUCUCACUGCUGCUCUCAGCGGCGCUAUUACCGCUCCUCGCGCGAGCCGCGUUUCACUCCAACAACACAGCCUGCACGCGCCACUAUACAGUCCAGUCAGGCGACACGUGUGACAAGAUCGGCCAAAAGACGCUCACAUCCACCUACCAGAUCCUUGCCUUCAACCUGCUCGACGCCGGAGCUGACUGCUACACCCUCGAGAUCGGCACUCGUCUCUGUCUCGGUCGCUACGGCAAUGACUGCCAGUUCGUGCACCAGGCUACCGACCAAGACACGUGCGAGAGCAUCGCCAACGCCUACGGCAUCUCCACGCAGCUCCUGCAGAACAACAACCCAAGCCUCGACUGCAACAUCGUCUACAGCGGCUUGAUGCUUUGCGUCAGUGCGGGCAGCAUCCGUCCGCCUGCGGACAGCAGCAUCAAUUCUACCGACGUCAGAGCAGCCAGGGAGCACGCGAGGCAGAUGUGGCUCCAGCAGCAGCAGCAGCAGCAGCAGCAGCAGCAAAACAUUCCGCAGAGCAAGACUCCUUUGCCUCAGCCCAAAGCUCAAGCAGCACUCCCGCAGCAGAAGCAUUCGUCAGGCAGCAACAAGCACGCCUCGCAUGCUCAUCAUCAGCACAAACAUGCAUCACACGGCGGCAAAUCGAGUCACAAGCAGCAUCACCACAAAGACGCUUCUCAUUCCGGUAAUGAGCAAGCGCCGUCACACCCUGCAGCAUCACAUCACCAGCCAAGAGCAGUGCAGGACGACGCAGGCUCCUCCGAGCCCCUCGUCACACAUCACGUCUUCACUCAUCAUCAAGCGGAAGCGCAACAUGACGGUGCAACGGGAACCACACCGCAACGUCGUCAUCGUUCGCUCUCAUCUCGUUCCCAGUACAGGUCACAUACCCCUUAG